UCUUAGGUUAUUAAGUGCAAAGCAGCUGUACUAUGGGGAAUGAACCAGCCCUUCUCCAUCGAGGAAGUAGAAGUGGCCCCACCAAAGGCUAAGGAAGUUCGUGUGAAGAUUUUGGCCACAGGAAUCUGUCGCACAGAUGACCAUGUGAUAAAAGGAGCAAUGGUGUCCAAGUUUCCAGUGAUCGUGGGCCAUGAAGCAGUUGGGGUUGUCGAGAGUGUUGGAGAAGGGGUCACUACAGUGAGACCAGGUGACCAAGUCAUCCCCCUCUUCCUACCACAGUGUAGAGAAUGUAAUGCCUGCCGUAACCCCGAGGGCAAUCUCUGCAUUCGGAGCGAUCUGACAGGCCGUGGAGUACUGGCUGAUGGCACCACCAGGUUCACAUGCAAGGGCAAACCAGUUCAGCACUUCAUGAACACUAGCACCUUCUCGGAGUACACGGUGCUGGAUGAAUCUUCGGUAGCUAAGAUUGACGGCGGGGCUCCUCCCGAGAGAGCCUGUCUCAUUGGCUGUGGGUUUUCAACAGGCUAUGGGGCUGCCGUUAAAACCGCCAAGGUCAGCCCUGGCUCCACCUGUGCUGUGUUCGGCCUGGGAGGAGUUGGCCUGUCCGUCAUCAUGGGCUGUAAGGCAGCUGGUGCCUCCAGGAUCAUUGGAAUUGACAUCAACAAAGACAAAUUCCCAAAGGCCCUGGCUGUAGGCGCCACCGAGUGUAUCAGUCCCAAGGACUCCACCAAGCCUAUCAGCGAGGUGCUGUCAGACAUGACCGGGAACACCGUGCAGUACACUUUUGAAGUUAUUGGGCGUCUUGAAACCAUGGUUGAUGCCCUCUCAUCUUGCCAUAUGAACUAUGGAACCAGUGUGGUGGUUGGCGCUCCUCCAUCAGCCAAGAUGCUCAGUUAUGACCCAAUGCUGCUCUUCACUGGGCGGACGUGGAAGGGUUGCGUCUUUGGAGGUUGGAAGAGCAGAGAUGAUGUCCCCAAACUGGUGACUGAGCUCCUGGAGAAGAAGUUUGACCUGGACCAGUUGGUAACCCACACCUUGCCUUUCAAAAACAUCAAUGAAGGAUUUGAAUUGCUUUAUUCAGGGCAAAGCAUUCGCACGGUCCUGACCUUCUAAGAUCUGAGAGGUGGGUGCUCUGUGCUAGUGACUGUGACCGGAAACCUUCUUCCCAACAGUGCCCCCUGAGAUCAUGAGUCUGUCUCAGAAACACAUGCAGAAGUAGAUUCAAUGAAGAUAUACAGGCUCUGUAGAGUUUGACAAACCUUUAUCAUUUUAGUUUACCAAGUGCCAAGGAUUAGCAGGGAACUCAAUAGUAACAUUAAGUGUUUUGUGUUUUCUAAGGCUAUAAUUCUAUAUUUUUAUAAACAUAUACUUGGAUUUCUAUUUGCUAGAAAAGGGAUUGUUUGCAGAAUUUUGCCUGGUUGUUGGGACUUAAGGUAGACGCAGCAUGGAGAAAACCAUCAAAGACACACAACUCCUCAUUCUGAUUUUUUUUUGACAGAAAUGCUUUUAAAAUGUGUUAUAAAUUAACUUGAAUUAGAUUGUGAAAUUGCACACACUACUUGAUUAGAUAAAGAAAUUGGGAAACUUAAGGGACGGGCACAUUUUUCAAUAAUUAACCUUAAGAGUUAUCAUUAUAAAACUUUGUGACAUUCAAAAGGCUCAACAGUGUCUGGGACUAUUUGUUGGUAUACAUUAAUAGCCUAUAAGACAAAAAAUUAAAAAAAAGACAAAAAAUUUAGAAUAGCAAUUAAAUAUGAAAUAUGGCUAUAAGCACUUUGUGGUGUUUAGCACAAUAUUCAGUUUAAUAAAGUAGAAUUACAAGUCCUUAAGACCCUAGUUACAUGAUAAUAACUACAUGAAGAUGUUUCUAUUUUGCUGUAACGACACUAGCAUGUAUUUAUCUGCAUCUGUCUGUGGAAUGUACAUACAUGUAAUAUGUGUUGAAACUUCAUUGUGGUAUGUAUCAGACUGGCCUAGCAUGUGGUCUGAGACAGC